CUGACCACACUGACCGAAGACUCGCGUGUGGUGAAUUUUGUUUGUCACAAAAACAAAACAGUUAUUCAGUUUUCUUCUGUUACGACUCUGAAAACACAGUAAUCUGCCACUUGAUCGUCUUUUCCCACUCAAAUCAUGAAACUGGUCGUCUCGUUACCGUUUCUUCUGGUUUUUGGUUUGUGUUUGAGUCGUGUCGCGAGUGGAGCAAGCAUCAAAGGUCCAAAACAAAGUGAUGCAGAAAACCAAGAGCUGAGUGAAGAAAAUGCUGGUGAUGAAAAGACAAGUGACUUAGAUGAGAAUGAAGAGGAUGAAGAGGGAAACAAGUCACUAGAUGAAGACGGUCUAACAGAGAGUAAAGACGAGAACCAAGAAACCAACCAUGAUGAAGAUGACGAGGAGAAUGGAGUUGUUCACAUUAGUGAACAAAAGGAUUCACCAGCAGCUAAACCUGAUAAUUCACUUGACAGUCAAGAAACUUAUGCUGAGCUUGACAAGGAGAUUGCUGAAGCUAAGCGUGCAAACAAAAAAGUCCAGGAUGAUAUUGACCGUCUCAGUAACAGUUUUGAUGAUCUGCUAGGUGGUCAAGAUAAACAGAAGUCCCCUAUCGAUCAAAGAGAGCAGAAGGCUGAGGACAAAGCUGACUCUAGUAAGGAGGCUGACGUUAAGAUGAAUGAACCAGCUGAUGUGGCCAUUGUAAGAGGCCAAUCAGAGGGGGCUGAGGACGAGAACGAGAAUAAUGAUGCUGAAAACAAGGCUUCUAAGCGUGAGAGCAGAUCAGUAGAGAAGGAUAAUGAAGGUGAUGCAGACGCUAAGGAUGAGGAUGCCAAACUAGAAGGGAAAUCACGUGAGGAUGAGAUCAGCGAACAUUAUCAGGACACUGGGGAAGAUGGUAAUGACCAGGAAGAUAGUGAUUACUAACUUUUGUCCAGGAGUUAGCAUGACCAGUACUAUAGUGAUCACUAACUUUUGGCAAGGAAUAAGUAUGACGAGUACUAUAGCGAUCACUAACUUUUGGCAAGGAAUUAGUAUGACCAGUACUAUAGUGAUCACUAACUUUUGGACAGGAAUUAAUAUGACUAAUACUAUAGUGAUUACUAACUUUUUUUCCAGGAAUAAGUAUGACUAGUACUAUAGCGAUUACUAACUUUUGUCCAGGAAUUAGCAUGGUGAGGAAGAUAAUGGUUACUAAUUUUUGGCCAGGAAUUAGCAUGACCAGGAAGAUAAUGGUUACUAAUUUUUGGCUAGGAAUUAGCAUGAUGAGGAAGAUAAUGGUUACUAAUUUUUGGCUAGGAAUUAGCAUGGUGAGGAAGAUAAUGGUUACUAAUUUUUGGCUAGGAAUUAGCAUGGUCAGGAAGAUAAUGGUUACUAAUUUUUGGCUAGGAAUUAGCAUGACCAGGAAGAUAAUGGUUACUAAUUUUUGGCUAGAAAUUAGCAUGGCGAGGAAGAUAAUGGUUACUAAUUUUUGGCUAGGAAUUAGCAUGACCAGGAAGAUAAUGGUUACUAAUUUUUGGCUAGGAAUUAGCAUGGUGAGGAAGAUAAUGGUUACUAAUUUUUGGCUAGGAAUUAGCAUGACCAGGAAGAUAAUGGUUACUAAUUUUUGGCUAGGAAUUAGCAUGACCAGGAAGAUAAUGGUUACUAAUUUUUGGCUAGGAAUUAGCAUGGUGAGUAAGAUAAUGGUUACUAAUUUUUGGCUAGGAAUUAGCAUGACCAGGAAGAUAAUGGUUACUAAUUUUUGGCUAGGAAUUAGCAUGACCAGGAAGAUAAUGGUUACUAAUUUUUGGCUAGGAAUUAGCAUGACCAGGAAGAUAAUGGUUACUAAUUUUUGGCUAGGAAUUAGCAUGGCGAGGAAGAUAAUGGUUACUAAUUUUUGGCUAGGAUUUAGCAUGACCAGGAAGAUAAUGGUUACUAAUUUUUGGCUAGGAAUUAGCAUGACCGGGAAGAUAAUGGUUACUAAUUUUUGGCUAGGAAUUAGCAUGACCAGGAAGAUAAUGGUUACUAAUUUUUGGCCAGGAAUUAGCAUGACCAGGAAGACAAUGAUUACUAAUUUUUGGCUAGGAAUUAGCAUGGUGAGGAAGAUAAUGGUUACUAAUUUUUGGCUAGGAAUUAGCAUGGUGAGGAAGAUAAUGGUUACUAAUUUUUGGCUAGAAAUUAGCAUGGUGAGGAAGAUAAUGGUUACUAAUUUUUGGCUAGGAAUUUGCAUGACCAGGAAGAUAAUGGUUACUAAUUUUUGGCUAGGAAUUAGCAUGACCAGCAAGAUAAUGGUUACUAAUUUUUGGCUAGGAAUUAGCAUGGCCAGGAAGAUAAUGGUUACUAAUUUUUGGCUAGGAAUUAGCAUGGUGAGGAAGAUAAUGGUUACUAAUUUUUGCCUAGGAAUUAGCAGGGUGAGGAAGAUAAUGGUUACUAAUUUUUGGCUAGAAAUUAGCAUGGUGAGGAAGAUAAUGGUUACUAAUUUUUGGCUAGGAAUUUGCAUGACCAGGAAGAUAAUGGUUACUAAUUUUUGGCUAGGAAUUAGCAUGACCAGCAAGAUAAUGGUUACUAAUUUUUGGCUAGGAAUUAGCAUGGCCAGGAAGAUAAUGGUUACUAAUUUUUGUCUAGGAAUUAGCAUGGUGAGGAAGAUAAUGGUUACUAAUUUUUGCCUAGGAAUUAGCAUGACCACGAAGAUAAUGGUUACUAAUUUUUGGCUAGGAAUUAGCAUGGUGAGGAAGAUAAUGGUUACUAAUUUUUGGCUAGGAAUUAGCAUGGCCAGGAAGAUAAUGGUUACUAAUUUUUGGCUAGGAAUUAGCAUGGCGAGGAAGAUAAUGGUUACUUAUUUUUGGCUAGGAAUUAGCAUGGCGAGGAAGAUAAUGGUUACUAAUUUUUGGCUAGGAAUUAGCAUGGUGAGGAAGAUAAUGGUUACUAAUUUUUGGCUAGGAAUUAGCAUGACCAGGAAGAUAAUGGUUACUAAUUUUUGGCUAGGAAUUAGCAUGGCCAGGAAGAUAAACUUUUGGGCAGGCAUUGAGUUAGGCACCCGCAUUUCUUCUUGAAUUCCCUGAGAAACGUUUCGUCUAUGUUUCCAUGGUAUGCCCCCUCUAAUAUUCAUGAGAGUUCUACAUAGCACUUAGAACUACCAAAACCAAGAUAGAGGGGUGUUGGUUUAUUUUAUUUUAUUUUUUUUUGGGGGGGGGAGGGGGUUGGGGAAAUCAGUUCCCUGUGCUGAUAUUGAUCUUGGGUAACUCCAGGCCGUAGUCAUGGUCAUAUUUUAUUUAUCGUUUUCGAUUAUUUGAUUAAGUACACUUUGUCUUAGUUGUUGUGGGAUUGCAUUUCAGUUGCUAAUCAGAUUUUUUCUAAAUUAAAAUUUAACCCGCUGAUGUAUAAGGGCGUUUUAGGCGAUUACUGAAUGUUUCUGUGUAUAGUAAUAAAACCAAUUACUUAAAAUAAAAUAGUUUGUGAUA